UAGGAAGUGCGGUUCAGCCCUGCGUGAUUAAUAGAGGAAAGUUAGAGGAAGCAGUGAAUGGCGAAGAUGUCUAAUCUUUGCUGUAUUUUCUUAUCAUGUUUCAUGUUUCUCUCAUUUUUUGCCUGCCUACACGGUGAGGAGUGCAGGACAGGAAUGUAUCCUCCUAAAGGACCAACGUUUAGAAGUAAUGUUAACUGGUACACGGUGAACCUUGAUUUACCCCCUAACCAGAGGUGGACACAUGUGAUAAAGGAGAAGAAAACUGAAAUGGCAGCAAUGAUACAGGCAAUUAAAGAUUUAGCCAAUGGCUUUUUUCAUGGAAAAUUAACUAAUUUAGUGGAUGAGGUGUUGCCUUUGAUCGUAGACGUUCUCCCAUACCCUUUUAACGAGGAAAUUGAAGGAAUUGCUCACGUAUCUGAAGUCCCUUUAGGUGAAGUUGUGCUUUUUAAUAUAUUUUAUGAAGUCUUCACGGUGUGCACGUCAGUGGUGACAGAGGACUUGAACGGAAAUAUAUACCAUGCUCGCAAUUUGGACUUUGGAUUGUUCAUGGGUUGGGAUAAGAAAAACCAUACAUGGACUCUAACCGAGAAGCUCAAGCCACUUGUGGUGAAUGUUGACUUCAGGCGAAACGACAGGACAGUUUUUAAAUCCACCAGCUUUGCGGGAUAUGUAGGGAUGCUCACUGGAAUUAAACCUAGAGAAUUCACACUAACGAUGAAUGAACGCUUCAGCAUUGAUGGAGGAUACAUAGGGAUCCUGGAAUGGAUUCUUGGCAUGAGAGAUGGAAUGUGGAUGAGCUUCCUCACACGAAUCGUCUUGGAAAAUGCAACCAGUUAUGAACAUGCCAAAAACCAGCUUGCUCAAAAGAAGUUACUUGCACCCGCCUACUUUAUCCUGGGUGGAAACCAGACAGGCCAGGGUUGUGUAAUAACCAGAACUAGAAUCAACACACUGGAUGUCUGGGAGAUUAAUAUUAAACUCGGGAGAUGGUACGUGCUUGAAACAAACUAUGACCAUUGGGAAGACCCUUUCUUUUUAGAUGAUCGCCGAACACCAGCUAUGAAAUGCAUGAAUAAAAUCACACAAGCAAACAUUACCUUGCCAAACAUAUAUGAUGUACUUUCAACAAAACCAGUUUUAAAUAAGCUAACUACCUAUACUGCACUAAUGGAAGUAUCGACUGGAAGACUUGAAUCUUACAUCAGAGACUGUCCAAGUCCAUGUAGCCCCUGGUGAUUGACUCAGGCCUGAAUGUUAUAAUAAAGAUGAUGGUGUGUUUAUUUAAGCUGUUUCCAAGCAUGGCUAGAAUGAUACGCGGCCCCUGAAAUAUUAAAUGGAAUAUUGUUUUUUAUGGGUACUUUUACUAGUUCUGAGAUAACUACUUUGACAUUCUAACAAAAGUAUGAAAGUUUCAUGUACAGAUAGACAGACAGACAGACACUGACUUUAUUAAUUCCAAUGGAAAUUUCAAACAUCCAGAAGUGAUGAGGACAGCAAAAAAAAAAGACAGAAACAGGUUUAUAGUUGCGGUUGCACACUGUAGAGUUUACAUAUAGUUCAUAGACACAAUAUAGAUGUGAGAGAUGACCAAAGGUACUAAAGCAGUGCUAUAAUAAAAUGCAAUGCAAGCACUAAUGUGCAUUUGUGGCAAUAUGGUGGGAAAAAUACCUCUAACUGUAUUAUAGUGAAUAAUUUAUAAAUUAUGUAAUGUUUGAUUAAUACUGUUUUUUACUUUUUUCGAAAUAAAAGUAUUUUUCUUUCUG